AUGUCUCCUACUCGAAAAGCUCCCCGGCGUAAAAAGGGGCCCUGGUUCUGGCAGCUGGAUCUGGAGAAGCGAGAAUUCUGGCGAGCCAAGUUCAAGGCAGCGUGGCUUGCAUGCACUACUGUUGACAAGUAUUGCCCGAUCUCAGCACCUUCGAGGGUCCUCUGGGACGAGGCCACCUCAAAUGGGUUUCAUAUCGGAGCAUUUCGACCUGUCUGGAAGGCAUGGGAAAGUGGAUGUAUUCUCUCCGACUUGCUUCUGCGCAGUGGACCUCGCUCUACCCAGGAGAUUACCGGUUCAUUGCUCCUUCUCCAAAGCCUGAAUAUCUAUCGGUUGACGACAACCAUGCCUCCCUACUUCAUCCUUAAAUCAAUCGCCUCCACCCUGCGUCUCCUCCGCAAGCUGCUGCCCGCGAUCAAAGCAUCCCCAGACGAGAUCAAAUACAUCCCAUCUCGCGAUGCCGGCCGAUCGAUCAAAAUCCACAUCUACCAUCCCCCUCCUGCGGCCUCCUCUGGACUUGAUCCUAGACUUUCGCUAAGACUUGUCUACGAGUCCGAACUCCAUCCAGACGCCUCAGAACCUCACAGCUCAGAAUCUCCAACCAUCAAAACCCCUCUCCCUACCACCAUCACGACUUCGACCACUAACCCAACAACCCCAACCCCAACACCAGUCCACCUAAACCUCUGCGGCAGCGGCUUCGUCCUCCCCGGCCACGGCCUCGACGACGCCUACUGCCGCCACCUAAGCACCUCAGUCCCCACCACAGUGCUCGACAUCGAAUACCGCCUCUCGCCCGAGAACCCAUUCCCCGCAGCCCUGCACGACGUCGAAGACGUGAUCCGCUGGGUGCAAGCCCAACCAGAAACAUACGAUGCGUCAAGGAUCAGCAUCGGCGGGUUCAGUGCCGGCGGGGCGUUAGCGGUUUCCUUGGCGGGAAAUCUUCCGGUGGAUACGUUUUGCGCAGUGAUUGCUUUUUAUCCGGCUUGUGAUGCGAGCAUCUCGCCGUGGAAGAAGAAGGCUCCCGAGGGAGGUGGGAGGCCGCUGCCGGGGUGGUUGUUGUGGGUGUUCCAGAAGUGUUAUUUGUUUGGGGCUGAGAAGGGUGGAAGUGGAGGAGUUCGUGAUACGAGGAUCUCGCCGGCGUUGAUGGAAGAUUUGAGUAGGUUUCCGAAGAGAUGUCUGUUUGUGACGGCCGAACAGUGUAAUUUGGCGGACGAGGCAGAAGGCUUGGGAGGUAGGUUGGCAGCGUUGCAGCAGGGAGAAACAGAGAAUGAACAAGGACAGGGAGAAAGGCGCGUGAUGGUGCUGCGCAUGGAAGGUUGCGGACAUGCGUGGGAUAAGUUUGCCAAAGAGGGGAGUGUGCAGUGGGAGAGGAAGGAAAGAGCGUAUGCGUUGGCGGUCGAGAUGUUGUCUUAG